UGAAUCAACCCCAUCAUGAAACUGCGUUCAGCCGCUGACGAGCACCAAUCAAACUGCAACGCAGACUCUGCUCAUGAAUAUUUAUUAAAAUGUUCACCUUUCAGCCAAUCGCGUUAGCACGUUAUUUUGCGUAAUAUAUAUUUAUGAGUCAAAGCUUUCCCCAUUUAGAAUUCGCAAGGUCUCCUCACGAUAUUAUAAAUACAAAUGUUUAAAUAACAAAAUAAAAUAUAGCAGAAAUUCAAAUGGGAAAUAAAAUAAAAACAAACAACAAAAACCUGGGGAAAUUCGCCCUUAUUUGCGUUUCACGGAACAGGCGUGCGUAAUCGAUUGAUAAGCGCUGUGAGGGCGGUGACUGUGAUCGAUUACUUUUUCUGCGCAGGUGUGAUCACGGUUCCUUAGCAAUGAUUUCACUCCGUUAUUUAAAGUCACAGAUGCUGCGAUAUUACAGUGAACUGAUAUACAAUUAUUAAACAUGGCAGAAAACGACGCAACAUGUUUGCCCUUAAUUAUAUAUUAUAUGCGGGAGAAGUACUUCAGACACGCCAUAAAUACAGCUGUGAAAUAUUUACAACUGUACAACAAUGAUCCUGUGCUCCUGUUUCUCAAAGCUUUUGGAUCUCUAAUGGAAGGUCACACACAGGAGGCUAUGAGAGAGCUCUACCAGCUGAAGGAUCAGCGUCACCUCUCAUUGUGUUCAACUAUAGCUCUCAUUAACGCUCACAGACGUUGUGAAACUAUUGAUGAAGAGGCAGUGAAUGAACUGAACUCAGAUCUGAAGCUAUCAGGAUCAACAUCAGGUGACAGGGCGUUGUACUAUGCGGCUCUGCUUUACUGGAUUCUGGACCGGAACGGAAAAGCCCGAACCUGCAUUAACAAAAUGCUGAAGCUAUCAGAUACAUUGCCACAGGGACUUAUUCUGAAGGGCUGGAUUAUGUUGACAUCUGAGGUAGAAGAGAACAAACUUCAGGCCAUCCGUUACUUUAAGGAUUCAGGAAAUGUGUUUGGGCUCAUGGGAAAGGUUGAGUUUCAUAUAGCCAAACAGAAUGAAGAGUGUGCUCUUGACGUUGUGAAUCGGAUGAUCGCUUCUUAUCCAGAUUUUAUCCCAGCGCUCAGUCUGAAGAUGAAGAUUCUGAUGUCUCUGCGUGACUGGGAGCAAACCCAAGAAGUCACCCACAGAAUACUGGAGAGAGAUGAACACAAUUUAAAAGCUCUUCAAAUGAUGGCAGUCAGUGCUGCAGCUAAAGAUGGAGACAUGAGACGGGUUAGAGAUCAUCUUCAGCGUUUAAUGAAUGCAGUUGAGAUGUCUGAGCUGAAUAAUAGUCGGCUGUAUGUGGAGUUGACAGCACCCAUCAGUAGACUGUGUGGACACAACCCAGAGAUCUUGCAGAUGUUGACUGAAUUCAUGCAACGCUCACCUGCGACAUCUGAUAUCAUGUGUGAGCUGGGAUAUCUGCUCAGUCUCCAGAAUAAAUAUAAAGAAGCUCAUAAAUGUUAUUCUGCAGCCCUGAAAACAGAUCCAAAAUCCACAACCGCUUUAAUAGGUCUGAUCAGAUGUAUGCUGAUGUGCGAUCAGCUGGAGGAAGCCACACAACAGCUGGAUUUCUUCAGUGAAGUACAAGAAUCUUUGGGAAACGCUGCGGAGGUUCUGCUACUGAAAGCCGUCUCUAUCAGAAAGCAGCGAGAAGAUGAAGAGAUGGUGGUUGAUUUGCUGAAGGACGCUGCUGAACGUCAUCUCUCUUCUCUUCAUGGACUCAGUUAUGGUGUUGAAUACUUGCGGAUUCUGGAUGUUAAUUUUCUCCUGCAGAUUGUUUGUAUGCACAUGGAGCUGAAUCGGGAUCUUAAUCCGCGAGUCGCCGGACAAACUCAACCAUUUUGGCUAAAACAUUCCAGUAUGAUUUUGGAAACUGUCAUCAGAGCUGCUCCUGGGAUAUCAAUGAGCUGUUAUUAUAUGGCCUAUGUCAAAUUUCUCUCAGGUGAUCACAGAGCAGCUCAGCAUCUCUUGAACCGGUGCAUGGAGAAAGAGCCAAAGAUGAGCGAGCUUUAUCUUCUGCAGACUCGACUCCUUCUGUAUACUGAAGAUUACAGUGAAUCUCUCAGCUGCCUGGAAUCUGCUGUCAGUGUCAAUUUCCAGGUUAGAGAUCGGGUUGAGUUUAAUCUGCUGAAAGCUCGAGCUCUUCUGAGGUAUGGAGAUAUGAAGAGCGCCAUCCAGUGUCUGAACACGACAAUAAACAUGCCAGGUGUCCGCAGGUCUACAGAUGAGUCGCGGUCUUCUGUCUCCGUCAGCGAGCGAGUUUCUGUUUAUCUGGAGCUCGCAGAGGCUUUGACACUAAACGGUGAACAGCACGAGGCUACAAAAGUCCUGCAGGAGGCCAUUGUGCAGUUUAAAGGAACUGCUGAGGAAUCAGUCAUCACGCUGGCCAAUGUUGAUCUUGCUUUGGCGAGAGAUGAUGUGGAUGCUGCUGUGGUCCUUCUGAAGAAUAUUCAACCCCAUGAGUCCGCUUACAUCCAAGCCAGAGAGAAAAUGGCUCACAUUUACUUGAAGAAAAAAAACAACAAGACACUUUACAUUGCAUGCUACAGAGAAAUGACUGAGCAGCUACCUGGAGCUCAUACUUCAUUCCUGCUCGCUGACGCCUUUAUAAAGAUACAUCAGCCAGAAGAAGCUGUCAAAAUCUAUCAGGCAACAGAGAGGACGGCUCAUAAAGACAUCACCUUAACCAGAAGAAUAGGCCAUGCUUUAGUUAAAGCUCAUGAAUAUGACAAGGCUGUAAGCGUCUAUGAAUCGGCUCUGGAUGUUGAUACACACGAUUGUCUCUUGAGUCUGGAGUUUGCUGAUCUUCUCUUUAAACUCCAGGAGUUUGAGAAAGCUCAGCGAGUCCUACAGAAGACACUGAAUCAUGAACACAGUUCUUCAUUGAUGAUUUUGAUGAAUGAUGUGAAGAUUUUAAGAAUGUUAGUGAAAGUUCUGCGUGCGAUGGAUGAAUCGACUCUGGAUGUUGUGCAAAAGGCCCAUGAUGUUCAACAGAAGAUCAUUAACUGGAUUACAGCUGAGCAGCCGGAGCAGUUAGAAGAUCAGAUGAAGAUGAUGGCAAACAUCUGCUGUGAUUGGGCUCAUGAGUUUCAUCUCAAACACGAUCUGGAGAUGGCCAGACAUCAUUAUAUAGACGCUUUAAACUACAGCCCAGAUAAAGAGGAGAUCCUCCUUUAUCUCGCUCGCUUAUAUUAUGAGCAUCAAAAGCUGGACCAUUGUGAAGAAAUGUGUCUUCAGAUAUUGCAGCUACAUCAACAUCAUACAGAUGCAUCAAUGCUGUUAGCUGAUACGUUAUUUUGGAAGAACCAAAAGGACGAAUCACUUAAAAUGUAUACAGAUAUUAUGGAGCGAUAUCCAGACAACUUUCAUGUCAUGGUUAAGUUUCUUGAUGUUCAGCGCAGACUGGGGAAUCUGGACGCUAUGCAGUCUGUAUUUAAAUCCUGUGAAAACUUCUGUCCGCUUUCGGUUAGAGAAGCAGGUUAUCAUUACUGCAAAGGUCUUUACUUCUGGUGUUUGUAUCGGGUAACUGAAGCUCUGAAUCAUCUGAAUAAAGCCCGAGGUGAUUCUCAAUGGGGUGAGAGAGCAGUCGAGCUGAUGGUCCAAAUCUCUCUCAACCCUGACAAAGAGGUCUUUGGAGGAGAAGUUUUAGAUAAAAGACAAACAAACAUCAGUGAAUCAGAGAAUCAGAUUGGGAUCGACACGGCUCAGAAUCUACUGAUCAAGUUUCAUCCGCGCUCCAAAUCUGAGGAAGAGAAAGUCAGACUGCUUGAUAAUCUGUGUCUGAUCUACAGUAAAGACGCUAAACAGGUGGAGAAAGCCACGCUGGAUCUCACAGAUAUGCUGUCAAGAAACGUGAUGUUGGAGGCAUCUUUGCUUGUGGCAGCUCAAGGUCUCCUUCAGUUAAAGCAGAUUCCCCGAGCCAGAAACCUCCUGAAACGUCUCAUUAACAUGGACUGGAAUGAUGCUAAUGCGGAUUAUCUGGAGAACGCCUCUCUGCUGAUGGCUGAUAUGUAUAUAAAGAUGAGAAAAUACUCACACGUGGACAAACUACUGGAUAACUGCAUACGACACAAUAAGUCGUGCAGUAAAGCGUAUGAGUAUCGGGGCUUUAUGAUGGAGAAUGAACAGAGAUAUGAGGAUGCAUCACUGCAGUAUGAACUCGCAUGGAAAUACACAAACAGACUCGAUCCUGCUGUCGGGUUUCGUCUGGCCUUCAACUGUCUGAAGUGCAAGAAUUACACGCGGGCUGUCGAUGUUUGUCAUCAGGUGUUACAGUGUUAUCCAGACUACCCUCAGAUCCAGGAGGAGGUUCUGAUCCGAGCUCAGAUUUCUCUCCGACCGUGACCUGCAGCUUUAUUCUGAUCAGUGUGCACGUUUAAAUCUAUAUUUCUCAUUUUGUAUGUACAGCAGAGGUGAAAUUGAUGUUAGUCUAAAUAUUCAUAAAGAUUAGCAUUAAAAACAGCUGAAUGGAAAGUGAAGGUGGUGUGUAUUAAAUAUGAUUAUGAUUUAUAUACAUUAACAGUGAUAUUGAUGAUGCUUAAUGCUUAUAUACAACAUCAAUCAACAAACAUUGAGAGCACAAGAAAACUUUAUUGUUUCAAUUAAUGAAAGUUAGAGAAUAAAAUAAAAAUAUGAUUCUUCUUUAAGAUUUUGUCUUCUCUCACUUUUCCAACAUUAAUGAGGACCAUAAAGUAAAUUCAGCUCUAGUGAUGGCAGUACAUUCAGUCGUCCUGCGGGAGGCGUCACUGAGCUCUCUGUGUGUAAGUUCAUCUUGUACUGUAUUAACCCCUUCAUGUGUGAUGGAUGAGCAACACAAGACUCAUGUUUGUCAGAAGCAAGUUUGAGUUUUAUAAUAAGUCUGUUUAGCAGAAAUAAUUUUUAAAAAAUGCUCAUUUUAGUUUGGCUGAUGGUGGUCAGAAAAUAUUUUUUCUUUUAACCAGUAAAUAUUUUUGCACAAAGCUUUAAAAACACUGUUUGUAAGUGCAGUUGGAUAUUUUGAUGAAAAAGGAAAUAUAUAAACAGUAAAAAAAAACAUACUUUUUUAUUGUAGUCUUAGGCAUAAAUAGUUAAAAUAAAUUGUAUAUUCAUAUAAAUAAACAGUAAAUUCCAAAUUAUUCUGAAUUAAAGUAAUACAUUUGAACAUCUCCAAUGUCAUUUUAUAGUAACAUUUAUGGGUAACACUUCACAAUAAGGUUGUAUUUGUUAACAUAGCAUGAACUCAUAAUGAAUAAUACUUUUUACCGCAUUUAUUAAUCUUUAGUUUGUUAAUUUCAAUUUCAAUCAAUUUCAGUUUAUUGUCCACAAAAAGUGGAAAUUUGUCAUUGGCUCCACAGGUGGAUUUCUAAAACACAUACACAAUGAAUAGACAAUAAAUACAACAGACAAACAACACAGUAACCCUUACAAACAACAAUAGAUAACAGCUUAUUUAAUGUUAAAUAUAUUAUUAAAAUCAAGCGUUUAAACUGUUUACUUUAAUUAAUGCAACAUGAACUUACAUGUGUAACAAGACUUAAUAACAACAUUGUUCAUUGUUUGUUCAUGUUAGUUAAUGCAUUUACUAAUGUUUACUAAUACAACCUUAUUGUAAUAUAUACAUUGUAAAAAAUACGCAGCAUUUUUCAAAUCAAGAUUAUGUUAAACAAUUUUAACUUGAUUUUAUACGUUUACAACUUUUUACGAGCCAAAACUUAGUAGGUUAAUAGUAGGUUGACUUUACGUACAAAACCAAGUUUUAACUUUUGUUUUAAAGUGUACCCAUUUGUAAAUAUCAAAACAAUACAUUUUUAAAAAAUAAUUUAAAUGAUUAUGAUGAUGUUCACAGGAAAUUGUGUGCAACUAUGAAAUAAUCACAAUGUCUAAAUUAUAUAAUAGAAAAAUGUUUGAGAGUGUAAUCUCUUAAAUAAGAUUACUUUUAAAAAGCGACAUACAGUGCUUCUAUAAAAAUACACAACAGAGGACUAGACAACAAAAUACACAAAAUAAGAAAAAAUGUUUGAUGCAAGAUAAAAAGUAAAGAGAGAGAGAGAGAGAGAGAGAGCAAGAGAGAGAGAAAGAGUGAGCGAGAGAGAUUGUGACAAAGGAAAUGAUGUUGUCAUGAGUGUUUGUACCUGUAUCAUAACACAUUGUGUGGAAGUUUGUAUAUGUGAGCAGAAGAGACAGAAGUCAACAACACUGAGCAGCGUUUAGAAACCGUAAGUAACUUUAUAAUCAUCAUUUAUUAUACAGACCCGGUCGAAGAACACUCUUUAAUAGUCCACUAAAAUAUUUGACCGUCGUUCUUUUUAAAGGAAGUAACCAAACCGUUUCUUAUAGUUCACAUUUUUUAUAAAUGCCUUCGUGUCUUUAUUCUCAGAUGUCCAACAGCCCUUCAUCCUCCAGCUGUAUAUUUACAUCUCAAAAUCCAACUUCCACGUCUCCGGACGGCAUCCUGCCACUAAACUCCGACUCCAGCGGCCCGACACAGAUGCCUCAGAUGGACGGCGGUCUCUAUGCU